AUGUCUGCCUCAUCCGGAGUCAACCGAUCCAUCACUGCUAGCCAGAAGGCCGCCGCGGCGCAGAAGGAGUACGACCACAAGCAGCAGCUCAUCAACCAGGCCAAGGCCGAAUACGCCAAGAAGAACUCUCCCGUCGCCGCCGCGACGACCAGCUCAGCCAACCAGGACCCGCUGGACCCUAAGUUCGAUCUUGAGGCUUAUCUCACCAACCUGGCGAAGGAAAACCCGUAAUGGAAAUGAGUGUGAGGAUGAAUGUGGAGGAACGCGAAGGGACAAGACGCAACCAGAAUUGAGGAGGGCUCUGCGCAGGGACACGACAUGCUCUCCCACGAGCAUUGAGGGAUAGAGUGGCGGGACUUUCAUCGGGUGGGCAGCUCCGAAAGGUGUUGCGCUCGAACGCCAUGGCAUAGACAUUUCCUUUUGCCUCCGCUUGACUGGAUGUACAUGUGUACAAUAGGCUCGACUAGAUGACUGAAAUAAUGCAGUCAUGGGAUUCAA